GGGUUUUCAGCUUGAAUUGUUCAACAACGUGCUCAAUAUCACUUCACAUAAAAUCAAUUCCACAGAUUGCAGAUUAAAUUGUUUCGUUCCUUCGUUCUUUAAUUGUGAAUUGUUGUCGCCAUUCGCCAAUCAUAUGCACGAUACGAUGGAGGAAGAAUCUACCCCAAAAUCCACCACGGUGGAGAGACCGCUCCAUGUGGACGUAGAUUUAGGCAACCUGCUACUUUCAGACACAAAUGAAAUUGCAGUGAAAUCUCUCAGAGCAAACCCAGACGAAUACCUCAGGACAUUGGCGAGAGACAAUGCUCAACUUUUGAUCAAUGAGAUUUGGAAGCUUCCGUUUGAACGAGUGGACGAUGUUAUCAUUACAAAAUUACCGAAAGCUACGUACAUUCUUCCAAGAGAGAAACCAGCACCAAAGGCAAAAACAUUGACCAAAUGGGAAAGUUAUGCUAAAGAAAAAGGAAUUACGAAGAGGAAAAAAACUAAACUUGUGUGGGACGAGUUGGUUAAGAAAUGGGUUCCUCGCUUUGGGUAUAAAAAAGUUGAUGCUGAAGCAGAAAAGGAUUGGGUUCUAGAAGUUCCAGGGAAUGUUGAUCCAAUGGAAGAUCAGUUUGAGAGAAAAUCAGAAGCGAAGGCGGAACGUGUCUCGAAAAAUGAAUUACAAAGAUUAAGGAAUCUUGCUAAAGCUAAAAAGGUGGACAUUCCUGGAGGUAGUGGACUUACGUCAAAGGAAAAACCAUCCAAAAUUGAGUUGCAUCAAGCCGUUCACGUAGCAAAGAAAGCCACCGCUUCAUUAGGAAAGUUCCAGGCAAAGCUUCCAAAAGAAAAACCACUAAAAGGAACCGGUAAAAAACGACAAUUCGAACCCCUAGUUAUUGAUUCAACCAAGGAAAAGAACAAGAACUUAGACGUUUUGGCCAGAGUUAUGAGUAAGAAGCCUAAAAUCGACAUAGCGUCAGCGGUCAAUAAACAAGUUGACAUUCGAGAAAUGGAAAAAUCAUCAUUUCGAAGCAAAUCGCACGGCCCUAAGCAGGGUAGCGGUGGUGGCCGUAGUGGAUCGAAGCGAAGUGAUGGGAAACGUCGAAGUGGGCCUGGGAAGCCGACGGCUGGGAGACCUCGCACCGGGGACGGAGAGGGGAUGAGGCGCGGUCGGAGCGGCGGUGCUCGCGGAGGAGGACGAAACGGACCUGCGACCGGAAGAUCUGCAUUCGGCGGAGCCAAGUCUGGUCCCGGUGGUGGUGGUGCAAGAGGAGGGCGUGGAGGAGGCCGUGGGGGAGGGGGUAGAAGAGGCCGCUCAUAGAAUAAUAUACUAUCAUUUUAGAAUUUAGUUUUAUCUUAUUGUCAUUAAAGUUAGGAUGUACGCCUAAUUAUGAAAAUAACUAUAACUAUAUUUUAAUUUUAAAUAAAUCGUUUCGCAUUGUAUUCGAAAUAUAAAAAAAUUAUAAUAUGAA